CCCUGUCUCUCUCUCUCUCUCUCUCUCUCAAAGUCUCUCUCAUGUGUUCUCUCGGUGAUCAUUCUCUUUGUAAAUUCUAGGUGGGUUUCGAGUGAUCGAUUGCAGUAGGGGUUGCCACGAGAGUAAGGUUGUCAAUGGAGAGCACGGACUCAUCGGCGGGGUCGCCGGCGGGGCCACGCCUUCCGCCGGGCUUCCGCUUCCACCCGACCGACGAGGAGCUCGUCGUCCACUAUCUCAAGAAGAAGGCGGCUUCGUCGACGCUCCCCGUCUCCAUCAUCGCCGAGGUCGAUAUCUACAAGUUUGAUCCAUGGGAGCUUCCAGCGAAGGCGACGUAUGGCGAGCAAGAAUGGUACUUCUUUAGCCCAAGGGACCGGAAGUACCCGAAUGGGGCGAGGCCGAACAGGGCAGCGACGUCGGGGUAUUGGAAGGCCACGGGGACCGAUAAACCAGUGCUGUCCGCCGUCGGGAAUCAGAAGGUCGGUGUGAAGAAGGCUCUGGUCUUCUACGGCGGGAAACCCCCGAAGGGCCUCAAGACGAACUGGAUCAUGCACGAGUACCGUCUCAUCGAGAACAAAGUCAGUAACAGACCGCCGGGAUGCGACGUGGGCAACAAGAAGAAUUCCCUGAGGCUGGAUGACUGGGUGCUAUGCCGAAUCUACAAAAAGAACAACGCCCACCGGCCAAUGGAUCACGAGAGGGACGACUCGAUGGAGGACAUGCUCGAAUCCAUCCCUUCUUCGUUGACGAUGAUGAAUCCUCAGAACAUGAAGCUGCACCUCCCGAAGCCGUCAGCCACAAGUUACGGCUCAUUCUUCGAGCACGAGCAGAACCUUUUCGAAGGGAUGAUGGGGGCUAAUGGCGGCGGCGGCGGCAGCAUCGCCGGCAACGUGAUCUCUCACCUCGCAUCACCCUCGGGCUUAAAGCCAGAAUUGACCAUGGUCCAAGCGCCCAACAGUUCGAGCCCUCUUCCCCUGAAGCGGUCGCUUCACUCGCUCUACUGGAACGGCAAGGACGUUGCCACUGCCGAGGCGAGUGACCCUUCACUGGUCAAAAGGCAGUUCGGCGCGGACAGGAACGAUCCGGGGAGCGCCGACAGGACUAGCAAUGAAGGGACUAGUUCCAUCGCAUCUCUGCUCAGCCAGAUCCCUCAAACGCCGUCGUUGCACCAGCAGACGGUCUUUGGGCCUCUCGGCGACAGCGGUUUCCGACCGCAGUUCCACGUGCCGGGACUGAAUUGGUAUGCUUAAUCAGUCCAGAGUACACCUUGAAAUUGAUGGUGGGCAUUGUGCGAUAGCUGAGAAGCUCAAUUAAGGUGAAAGUUUCGCCACAUUAACAAGGGAUGAUGCCAUAUUACUAUUGGUGCUACAGUUUGACGAAGUUGUGAAGGUGUGGAGAUUGGUGCAUGUGUAGAGACUAAGUGGCCCCCAAAGAAUUCCUUUAGAGAGGGUAUUGAGAGGGCCUUCCACUUUCAGGCGAGGCCAAUAGAGGCAAAUUACAAUUAGGGUCAUAUACAUGAAUGUGUAUCUACACAGUUUAGGGUUUGUUGUAUACAUGCAUUGAAUUCGGAUAGGAGGGCGAUUCAUAAGACAAAAGCGCAAUAGCUGAUCCUCAUGUAGACAAAUGAAAUAGAUGAACCAUUAUUAUUUGUUGCUUUAGGAUAUAGCAGCACCAGAAAUGAUUGUAUAUAAACCUGAUAAUAUACUUGAGCGCAUCGUUUAUUGCAA